AUAAUAUUCCGCAAUAAAUAUAGUCCGUAAUACCGAAGUCAGUUAGACGCUCCUGGAGUUUUGUUCAACAAUUUUAUAGGAACAAGAUCAGAAUUUUGUCUAUCUUGUUUGUAAAUAGUUACUUUCCAUAGCCUGUCACCUGGACGCCUUUUAAAUUGUAAAACAUUUUUGCGGAGCUGUUGAUCGAGAAUAUAGUUUCUCAUUAGUGCGGCGGAAAGUGUCCGUGUUCAGGAAUUUCGUAUAAGUGUAGUGACAUUUGCUUUCGUUCGUCAACCAACAGACUUCAAAAUGGUGGAAGGAGGCAUGAAAUGCGUCAAACUGCUUCUUUUUGCAUUUAAUUUUAUAUUCGUGGUGGUAGGAUGUGUACUGAUUGGAGUGGGAGCAUAUAUCCAAAUACAGUUCAAGGAUUACUUAGAUUUUGUAGAAGGGCAGUUUAGUUCAGCAGCUGCACUUCUUAUCGCCGUCGGUGUCAUCAUCUUCUUUAUUGCUGCUUUUGGCUGCUGUGGAGCAUGGAAGGAAAACUAUGUCUGUGUUAUGAUCUUUUCAGUAUUGCUGGGAAUUGUUUUCAUCCUGGAGAUCGCCGGAGGAAUAGCAGGCUAUGUUCUCCAUGACAAAGUUGAAGAUGGUGUGAAAACUUUGAUGGAGGACUCAAUGAAACGCUACAACGCUGACCCAACAAUCUGGGAUCUGGUCCAGAAAGACUUUAAAUGCUGUGGUACAACCAAUGGGACAGACUGGGUGAGCGCUAAUAAUGGAACCUAUCCCAAGUCCUGCUGUAAAAAAGAUGCUGCUACCUGUGACGGAAAAGGAACAGGCAUAUACACCGAGGGAUGUCUAGAUGCCUUUGUUAACUGGGUGAAGGAUAAAAUCUUCAUUGUUGGAGGCGUUGGAAUCGGGCUUGCUUUUGUACAGAUUGUUGGAAUCCUCUUUGCCUGUUGCUUUGGUCGGGCCCUGAAGAAGGAAUAUGAAGUUGUGUAAGGCUACCAUCACAGAUAUUACUUGUGAGGGAUUCGGAUACAUCUGCUGCCCAAAAAUGAAACUCCUGGAAGCUCAUUAUCAGCAAAGAUUUUCGAACUUCUGCUGAUGUAAAGAAAAUGAUUUCACAUUCUCUGAUUGGCAUAACACAAUUUCUUUUGUGUUUCAUGAAAAACAUGCCAAAAUCUUAAUUCUUCAUCUUUUCACCUAACAUUUCUUACAAUCAUUUCAAAAGGAACAAUUUGAUAUCAAAUUAUAUUGGUGCAUGACAUUUGAAGGAGUUUAUUUUUUUCCAAAUAUAUUUUGAAUUCAUAUUGGAAUUUAUGUUUGAGAUGGAGAUCAUAUAUUUGACAAACACAAGAAUAUUUCUAAGUCUUGUGAUAAGGCAAACAUCUCAUCAGUGAUCGCUGGCAUUGUAUCAUUUCUAGAGAGACUCAUACUCUGGAAAUUUUUUCCGGAAAAAAUCAAACCGGGGGGGGGAUGUGGAGGAAUUUCGGUUAAACAUUCAAUCAUCGUAAAAGUUUAUUUUGUUGUUGAAGUGUACCUAGAGUUAUGAGAUUUGACCUUAUUGAAGGCCAGCGUUGUUAUAUUGGAGGUUGAGGGGAAAAUUUACCACAUAUUACUAACCGUCACAUAAUAUUACACUGCAUAUGUAGUUGUACAAUAUCUGUAGAUUUUAACAGUUGGGAAAGGACAAGUAGAUGGUGUUAAUCAGGGCAGUGAACUUCAAGAUUUGAUCAAGUUCGAAGCAUCAAUAGGAUGUUAUCAAACUGAAGGGUAAAAAUGGACAGGUCAAGGUUGAACAAUCAAAAUUGUCAUUCAUAUUUACAAGGUUGAAACAGAUGUUUACACAUUGACACAGGUCAAAAUGAUGCUCUGAGAUUGAAAUGUCGGCUGUCAUUUAGGCAUUGACAUAGGUCAAAAUGAUGCUCCGAGGUUGAAAUGUCGGCAGUCAUUUACGCAUUGACAUAGGUCAAAAUGACUUUUCAAAGUUGAAAGGUCAACUAUAGUUGACUGAUGAAACCAGUCAUCUUUGACUGUGCUUAGCGGGCCCAAUUAUCUGUUGUCUUUUUUUUUGUAAUUUGCUAUAUAUUUUCUGUUAGUAAAAGCAAUUAAAAUGCUUAAAAUUUCA